UAUAUAAAUAUGGCAUUGAAUCUUGAAUUAAGUAAGAUUACCGUUUCAUUGCAAGCAGAUGAAAAAAAUCGUCGUAAACAAGCGCUAGAGGAAAUAUUGAAAAAUAUUUCUCAGAAGCAAAUAUCAGGCAGAUUGGACGACUUUGUUAAAAUAUGGGAGAGUAUACACAGAUUUUUAGUUAGAAUCAUGAACGAUAAUAUGGAGGUGUGUCGAGAUCUGACUAUAGGAAUACUGAAAAUAUUUUUGGAAGCUCUGCCUCCAGAUGACAAGCACAUAAUGUACAUUAUACCUAUAAUGACCAAACGUUUGGGCAUGCAAGAAUUGAUCGAGCCGUCAGAAGAAGUACGACUGAAAUGCGUUUCUCUUUUACGAACGAUCAUUUGGAAGUAUAAAGAUUUAUUGGCACCGCAUAUUCAAGAUGUGACGGGAAUAUUGGCACGCACCGUUACAGAUAAUUAUCCGAAUGUUAAAAAGGAGAGCUGCAGAUGUAUAUCAGAUUACGCAAAGAUUCUAUCGAGGCAUUUCUAUUCACAAUCAGAAUAUUUAAUAAAACCUAUCCUGAUCAAUUUUAUGCAUCAACACUACAGAGUUCGACUCGCCGCUGUUGAAGCGAUAGGUGAUGUGAUUCAGUAUGGCAAUAGCAAGUCAAUGGAAGAAGUGGCAACUCCUUUGGCACAGAGACUGUUUGAUCAAAGUGGGAUUGUCAGAAAAGCUGUAAUUGAAGUCUCUGGCCACUGGUUGAUAGAGCUACCUGACAGAUAUGGUUGGUGGCACAGACUUCUUCCCCUGAUUAUGACAGGAUUCCACGAUGAACUUGCAGAGAUUCGUGCAAAAGCAGCUGAGAUGUGGGAUACUGCAGGAAAAUUGUACAUACAGGAAAAUGAAAACGACGAAAAGUUGAAGGAUAAAAUGGACUUUCUUACGGAAGAGCUAGAGCAUUAUCCUACAGAGAUUUCUAGGCCGAAUUUAGGAUGUCGUGUGAUUGCGCAACAGAAUUUUUGCAAACUUAUUAAUGGUAUCAGUGCUGAACUUGGAGAUUGGUUACCAGAUAUACGUAUGCGUUCUGCGCAAUUACUCAGUAUACUGAUAUUAAAUGUUGAAGAAGACGUUACACAACAUAUUGAAAAGCUUUUGCCGCCUAUGUAUCGUGCUUGCAAUGAUGAGGAUAAGAGAGUCGUCGAUUGCGUGGAAACUGCGGCACGAUAUCUAGGCUAUUUCGUGCAACCCAAAAUUUACUGUCAGUUGGUGCUUCCCACUCUAGAUGAAUCCCCGACAAUCGGACACUUACGUGUUUUUGCAGCGAUCAUUAGCGGUAGCGAACGAAAAACUCUAUCGCAACAAUUGGACAAGAUAACGAGCUUUCUGCAGCAACCGGAUAUCUGUCAGAGUAAAAAGAGCAACUAUCAAUGUCAGAUACUUUCCUGCUGUAAUUCUCUUCUUGUAGUUUGUAAGGAGGAUUGUAAAGCGGUAACACAAGCUUUAUUCACUAUAAUAUUCACCAUGUAUGCGAUGAGCGCGGAACCCUCCAUUUGGGAAGAAGCCGAUAGGCUCUUGGAGAUACUCGUCAACAUAAAUUCACUAAAGAACAUCGAUGAUCUCUUCUGCAAUCACAUGAAACCGUUGAUAACAUCAAUUCACAAUGAUUGUGCCUCGUGGACGGUUUACAGCGCAGAAUCGCAAAUUUUCUGCGCUUGUUUGAGUCGCAACGGAAUCGCCAUAUCGCAUAAUAUAGACCUUGUAUUACCCAUUUUUAAAAAAACUAUGAGCAAGGACGCCGAUCCCGAGUUGAAGCUGCGACAUUUUAUUCUACUUUCGGAGUAUUUCCUGAACAAUCAGAAUUUAUAUUAUUGUAUCGAGGAUCCGCAUAGAUUUGUGAGCACGAUUAUCGAGGAAUUGAUCAUGCCUGGACUUAUUUGGACCGCCGGUAGAGCAGCUGAAGCUAUUCGCACGGCUGCCGUUUGCUGCCUCUGCGCUAUUCUACAAAACACAAUAGUUAAUCCCGACAAAAAAGAUGAGAUUAACAAAAUACAGUUGUCUACAAAUGAGAAAAACAAGGAUUCUAGAAAACCUAUGGAGGAGCAAUUUCCGUCCAUCUUCGACAAGAUCGUGCCUGUUUUAAUUAGUCUGGUGGAUGAUAAAGCAAAGAAGACUCGACUGUAUUCUAUGCGCGCCAUUCGUCUAUUAGUAAAAAUUGGACAGAGAUUGUCCUGUUUAGACGACGAACAUGUACAUCGCACGUAUCCAGUGAUACUGAAGAGACUCGAUGAUGGUUGCGACGAUGUUCGCUACGCUGCAGUGGAAAUGCUUGUGGACGUGUGGAGUGCUGUUUCUAACGAUUACGACACGGUCUUCAGUAAGAGUCACAUUGAUGCUCUAUACACGACAAUGAUUAUUCACUUGGACGAUCCAGAAUCUCGUUUCCAAGAGAUAAUGUUAGACGCAUUAAAGCGCGUUGCACACAUCUAUCCUGAGUUACUGCAUCAAAAAUUGUGUAGCUGUCGAUCAAAUUUCAGGAACAAAGCAGGAGUAGACACACUUUUGGAAUAUUGCCAAAGUAUAUUUAAACAAGAUUAA